AUGGCCCCUUCAGCUAUUUCCAAUACUCCUCCACCCUCAGCGGCGAGUGGUACAUCUUCAGUAGCCAGCUACCGGGGCUACGACCAUGUUCACUGGUACGUUGGCAAUGCCAAGCAAGCUGCAAGCUACUACAUCACUCGCAUGGGCUUCAAGCGUAUUGCCUACAAGGGCCUUGAGACUGGCAGCCGUAAUAUCUGCUCUCAUGUCAUCCGCAACGGGGAUAUCACAUUCAUUCUGACCUCCCCACUGCGAUCUCUCAGUCAGAUCGAUCGUUUCGAUCCCGAAGAGCAGGCCGAGCUGAAGGAGAUUCACGAGCAUCUCGAGAAGCACGGUGACGCAGUGAAGGAUGUGGCUUUCGAAGUUGACAAUGUCGAUGCUGUUUACUUUGCCGCUGUGAAGAACGGUGGCAAGUCUGUCUCUAAGCCUAAGAUCCGUGAGGAUAAGGACGGCCAUGUCAAGACUGCUACUAUCCAGACUUACGGAGAAACCACCCACACGCUCAUUGAGCGAAGCCAAUAUCAGGGAAUUUUUAUGCCUGGAUAUCGUGCGGAGGUUGGCAGUGAAGAUCCCAUUUUGCAGUUCUUGCCUGGUGUUCAUCUCAAGAAUAUCGAUCACUGUGUCGGCAACCAAGACUGGGAUGAGAUGGAUAAAAUCUGCAAAUACUAUGAGCAAGCACUUGGCUUCCACCGUUUCUGGUCUGUCGACGACAGCCAAAUCUGCACUGAAUUCUCUGCUUUGAAGAGUAUCGUCAUGGCUUCUCCCAACGAGGUUGUCAAAAUGCCCAUCAACGAACCAGCAAAGGGCAAGAAGCAAUCCCAGAUCGAAGAAUACGUGGACUUCUAUAACGGUGCCGGUGUGCAACACAUUGCACUCCACACCGACGAUAUCAUCCGUGAUAUCACCAACCUCAAGGCCCGUGGUGUUGAGUUUAUCAAGGUCCCCGAAACAUAUUACAUUGAUAUGCAAGCUCGCUUGAAGCAGUCCGGCCUCGUGCUGAAGGAGAGCUUCGAGACCAUUCGCAGUUUGGAUAUUUUGAUUGAUUUCGAUGAGGGUGGCUAUCUGCUGCAACUCUUCACCAAGCACAUGAUGGAUCGACCAACUGUGUUCAUUGAGAUUAUCCAGCGCCACAACUUCGAGGGCUUCGGAGCUGGAAACUUCAAGUCACUAUUUGAGGCUAUUGAGCGAGAGCAGGAGCUUCGUGGUAACUUGAUUUAA